AUGAGCAAACUUUGUCCGGGAGAGUUUAACUUUGUGGCAGAAAGCCAAUGUCGUUAUAUGGACAUAUCGCUAGGCUUCCAGUGGAGACUGAUGUGGUGUCUUCCACUGGCAAUAUUCGUAUUCGCAGCUUUGGCCAAGUUUGUGUUAAUGGGGGCGAUAGAAAAGACACGCACCAGAAUUACAAAGCACAGAUUCGAUCUUCUAUCGGUCACGAAGCUGAUCCUUAUCCUUAUUCAGAUCGGAUCAAUUGCAAGUGUUCUUCAUUACGAUCACUUCAACACCAAUACUGCAACUGCUGCAUACGCUAUGCAACUGGUUUCUUCAGUCAUACUUCUCCCUCUAUCCUACGCUCAGCACACACGAGCAUAUGCUCCAUCGACAUUGAUCAGUGCUCACUUGGCAACAGCUUCCUUGUUUAGCGCAACUCAGCUGAGAUCUUUCGUCAACGCCAACUUGAUUGGUGAUGAUUUUUUUGCCGGAUACUGCGUCUUCUUCGCUUCAACUUGCUGUCUUUUCUUUGCCGAGUUGAUCGAGAAGAGGUGGCUGAUCAAGUCAUCAGUUCUGCCUAAAGCAACUGAGCCAACCUCCUCAAUCCCUUCGCGCAUCCUAUUUACUUUCCUCUACCCUGUCUUAUACUCUGGAUUCAAAAGGGCACUCAACUUGGAUGACGUUAAUGAAUUCGGUCUACCUGAAGAGCUAAGCAGCAAUGAUGCCACAAAGCGCUUCACAAAGCUCCUCUACUCUUCAAGAAAGGUUUCAAAAUCCGGCAAAGAGACUCAGCCAAUCUUGAUGCCUUCCAUAAUAGCAUUCUAUGACUUUUUCUUCGCUGCAGUAAUACCAAAGCUGCUUUACGUUGCUGUCACAUUCGCUCAACCAUUUCUCGUUUCCACAAUCUUGUCAUUCAUCGACAGCUACUCAAGUGAGACUGAGACACCUCAAGAUCCAAAUAUCGGUUGGGGCUUAGUUGGAGCUUAUGCAAUCGUGUAUCUCUCAUUGGCAGCCACUACAGCGCUCUACUGGGAUAAAGUUUACGCAAUGGUUAUAAGAUACAGAGCAGCACUGGUCAGUGUUCUUUUCGACAAAUCAGUAAGACUAGCAUCAACCGUUGCAGAGAAUCAAGGUAGAGGGAGUGCCGUUACGUAUAUGUCGGUUGAUGUCGAGAGAGUCGUCGAAGGUGUCAUUUUCUUCCACGAAUGCUGGUCAGCUUUAGUUUCGAUUGCCUGCGCAGCCGUUAUCCUGUGGUUUAAAGUGAGUACAGCCUAUAACAUCACGCACACUCACUAA